AUGUCCCCCUUUCGGCUUGUGUAUGGUAAACCAUGUCACUUACCUGUGGAGUUGGAGCAUAAGGCUCAUUGGGCCGUGAGGAAGUUCAACAUGGAUGUAGAUGAGGCGGGACUUCACCGUAAGCUACAAUUGAAUGAACUUGAGGAAAUACGGAAUGAAGCUUACGAGAAUGCUCGCCUUUACAAGGAAAAGACGAAGGCCUUUCAUGACAAGAUGAUUCACACCAAGUCCUUCUCUGUUGGACAAAAAGUGUUGUUGUUUAAUUCUCGUCUUCGUCUAUUUCCGGUCCAAGUUCGUAGUUUCAAAACAGGUCAAGAGUUCAAGGUGAAUGGGCAUCGCUUGAAGCCUUACUACGAGAGCUUUGUAGAACAUGAUGUGGAGGAGACAACCCACUAUGUCGUGGGUUCCCAUGAAGGUUGA